AUGUUCGCCAGGGCACCCCUCUCUUCGGGCCUCCUCCGUCCCCUCACCAACCCCGCGUCGUCGCACGCUGCCUCGCGCGGUCUCCUCCGCGUCCGUGGCCUCGCCUCGGCUGCCGGCCCUUACGAUGUCGCUAUCAUUGGCGGCGGCCCCGGUGGUUACGUUGCGGCCAUUAAGUCUGCUCAGCUCGGCCUCAAGACCGUCUGCAUUGAGAAGCGUGGCGCUCUUGGUGGCACCUGCCUGAACGUUGGCUGCAUCCCUUCCAAGGCCAUGCUUAACAACUCGCACAUCUACCACACCAUCCAGCACGACACCAAGAACCGCGGUAUCGACGUCAUUGACGUCAAGCUCAACCUCCCUGCCAUGCUUGCUGCCAAGGAGACCUCCGUCAAGGCCCUCACUGGCGGUAUCGAGUCGUACCUGUUCAAGAAGUACGGUGUCGACUACAUCAAGGGCACUGCCUCGUUCGCUUCGUCGUCGCAGCUCGACGUUGCCCUCAACGAGGGUGGCGAGACCCAGGUCGAGGCCAAGAACAUUAUCAUCGCCACCGGCUCCGAGGUCACCCCCUUCCCCGGUCUCGAGAUUGACGAGGAGCGCAUCGUCUCGUCGACUGGUGCCCUCUCGCUCCAGGAGGUCCCCAAGCGCAUGAUCGUCAUUGGCGGUGGUGUUAUCGGCCUCGAGCUCGGCUCGGUCUGGUCGCGCCUCGGCGCCGACGUGACUGUCGUCGAGUUCCAGGGUGCCAUCGGUGCCGGCAUGGACGCCGAGGUCGCCAAGAACUUCCAGCGCAUCCUCCAGAAGCAGGGCUUCAAGUUCAAGCUCAACACCAAGGUCGUUUCGGGCGAGCGCGUCGGUGACGUUGUCAACCUCAAGGUCGACGCCGCCAAGGGCGGCAAGGAGGAGACCCUCGAGGCCGACGUCGUCCUCGUCGCUAUUGGCCGUCGCCCCGUCACCACCGGCCUCAACCUCGACAAGAUUGGCGUCGAGGUCGACUCGAAGGGCCGUGUCGUCAUUGACGACGAGUUCAACACCUCCGUCAAGGGUAUCAAGUGCAUCGGUGACGCCACUUUCGGCCCCAUGCUCGCCCACAAGGCCGAGGAGGAGGGUAUCGCCGCCAUUGAGAUUAUCAAGAACGGCCACGGUCACGUCAACUACGAGUGCAUCCCCUCGGUCGUCUACACCCACCCCGAGGUCGCUUGGGUCGGCAAGAACGAGGAGGAGCUCAAGGCCGCCGGUAUCAAGUACAAGGUCGGCAAGUACCCCUUCGCCGCCAACUCGCGUGCCAAGACCAACCAGGACUCGGAGGGCUUCGUCAAGCACCUCGUCGAGGCCGAGACCGACCAGAUCCUCGGCACCCACAUCAUCGGCUCCGCUGCCGGUGAGAUGAUUGCUGAAGCUACGCUCGCAAUUGAGUAUGGUGCUUCAGCAGAGGAUGUUGCUCGUACUUGCCACGCCCACCCCACGCUCUCGGAGGCCUUCAAGGAGGCUGCCCUUGCCUCAUACGACAAGCCCAUCAACUUCUAA